AUGACCCAGGUCUCUGCCAUCGAUUGGCUCUUUAGUGACGGCGCACCACUCAAGGUGGAGCUCGAGACCUCGCUUCUAGACGCCGACUACAUUCACCCGCAAGACUGGGACGAAGUCGAACGGCUCCUCAGCGCCGCCGUGCUGCCACCGCCCGCGCCGACCACUCUCCACACGAGCCCGACCCGCCGCAGCUACAAGGGCCCGAAAAAGUGUUCGGUCGAGACGUGCGAGAACCGCGUGCGGUCCCGAGGCUUGUGCAAGAUGCACGGCGGUGGCAAGCGCUGCCUCGCGGUCGGCUGCACGACCUGCAGCGUCGGGGGCUUCUUCUGCAUCAAGCACGGCGGCGGCAAAAAGUGCACGUUUCCCCACUGCAGCAACGUGGUGCAGUCGCGGGGCAUGUGCAAGGCGCAUGGCGGCGGUGCGCGCUGCACGCUUCCAGGCUGCAACAAGAGCAGCCAAGGCAAGGGGCUCUGCACGACGCACGGUGGCGGCAAGCGCUGCAGCGUCGAGGGGUGCGCCAAGGGCGCCCAAGCCAAAGGGCGCUGCUAUUCGCACAGCGUGGACGAGUAG